AUGGGUGAUACAACAAAGCGAAAAAUUCUUGUAUUUGGUGGAAAUGGAUUUUUAGGUGGAGAAACCGUAGUAGAACUUUUAGCAACAAAUACAUUUGAUAUAACAGUUAUCAAUAGAGGCAAUUGGAAUGAUUACGAUUCAAGUAUUCGUAUUCGACCAUUUGUUAAAGCGAUUAAUAUUGACAGGUUUGAAUAUAUAAUUUUAGUGUCAAAUAAAAGUAUACUAUUAGAUAUUAUCUUUUACUAGGAAAUCUUCUAAUGCA